GCUGUCACACAUGUAUAAUAUACAGGGAUAUGGCGGUACAUACAGGGCAGCGGCUGGUGAUGUGGCAUAUAGGCGGGCCGGGGGAGGAGGACCCAUCCAUGCCGGUGCAGCUCCCGGACACCUCGGCCCCGCUGCCUGCUGGAAGUCCGGACACCAUGGACGAGAUGUGGCUGCUCUCCGGGGCCUGUAUCCUCUUCACGCUCGGCAUGUUCUCCAGCGGCCUGUCUGAUCUGAAAAUUAUGAUUUCCAAGCGGAGCGCAGACAAUAUCCAGUUCCUGCCUUUCCUGACCACAGAUCUGAAUAACCUGGGGUGGCUGUACUAUGGAUAUCUGAAGGAAGACGGGACGCUGAUGGCCGUGAACACCAUUGGAGCCUCCCUGCAGACACUGUACAUUGCAGCCUAUCUGGUCUACGCUGGGGACAAGCGUUACCAGCUCUACCAAGUCCUCCUGGCCCUCGGGGUCCUGGUUCUGGGGUACAGUUACUUUUAUCUGUGGAUCCCUGAGGUCAGCGCUCGUCUCACCCAGCUGGGCCUGUUCUGCAGUGUAUUCACCAUCAGCAUGUAUCUAUCACCACUGGCGGACCUGGCUCAAAUCAUCAGAACUAAGUCCACCAAAUGCCUGUCCUUCCCCCUCACUAUCACCACCUUCCUGGCCUCUACGUCCUGGGUCCUGUACGGCUUGCAGCAGAGUGACCCCUACAUCACUGUGCCAAACCUUCCCGGCAUCGUCACCAGCAUUCUGCGCAUCUGCCUGUUCUGGAGCUACCGCCAGGAGCAGAACCCGUACCGCUCCCUGCUGGCCUGAUGCAGCACCUGAGCGCGGAGACUGGUUGUACUCGGCACUGCUUUACAGUGCUGCCUGCUAUGUUCCUGGGCCUGUGGGGUUUGCACAGUUUUGCACUUUUCCUUUCCUCGGUUACUGGCACGGCGGCUGACGCUGCAGCUUCCAUUGUCCUGUCACACUGACCCUGUGCACGGCUGAGUCAGCAGACAGGGGGGGGGGUGAGGGGGACAGGCCCACGCUCUAUCAUCACAGGAGCAUUGUGCUGUGCUCCCGGGGGACAGGCCUCCCUUUGUGCGCACUGCUAAAGAGGAAUAACAAUUCCACCCUGCCGGAAACAAGAGGCUGCUCUGUCCACACACAAGGAGGGCUUCUAUGUAUUCCUACAUGUGACGCUCAUGAUGCCACGAUAAAUCCGCAAUGAUCGCCUUCCACUCCAGCAUUCCUUUCCACGGGCGCGGCUGCGAUCUUCAGUCACGCUUAGCAGCCAUUUUUAUAACCGCAGAACGCCUCUCCGUGUGAAAGGGGAAUUGUGUUUAAACCUCUUUUUCAUGGAUAUUUGUUGACGGAUUUGUCCCUGGAGCGGUACGUCUGCAUCCCAGGGGUCGGCCAUCUUGGAGCUGUCCAGUACAUAAAAUACAUUUUGUGCCUUAUUGAUGCAGCUAUCUCUGUCUGCCCCAGGAAAAUGGCUUCCUCUGGCAUGUGCAGACACCAGGACCCUCACACAUUCCAGUCCCGUGACAUAGGCUACAACAAAAUGGCUGCUACAAUGCUAAGGUUAUGGACUUGUCAGAAACCGGACACUGAGAUUAUAUAUGUUAUGUGAAGGGAAUGACGCGUGGUUUAUAUCUGUAUCUCCCCUGUAAUGUGCUAUGGUGGGUGGGAAUAAUUUAUCCGAAUUGUGAGCAAUUGGUGGAAAUAAGACAAUCUGUGAAAUGAAUUUACCGAUGUGCCUGAUUCUUUAUAAAUCCUAUUUCUAAUAAAUGUCUAUUUUCCAA